UAUGGGAUAAUCCUGAUGACAACUGAGCUGCUCCAAGCUGGACAUUCAUGUCAGGUGACGCAAGGGGCUAAUAUUGAACCAAGAUGUAAUCUGGAAUGCACAAAUUUUACAUCAGCUGACUACAAAGACCUUUUAUGGAUGUCCUCUGUUGAAAUGCCAGGUCUUUUAGUUGGCCUUCUGACAAUUGACUGUAUUGGCAGGAAGAAGAGCAUGGCUUUUUCCUUCUUCUUGUUUUCUUUGUGCAUUCUGCCAUUAUAUGGUUGUAUUGGGAGGUAAGUUUGUCUAUUAAUCUGCAUCUUUAUUGCCAGAGCCUUCAUCUAUGCAGGAUUCCAAGUUGCUUAUGUGUACACAGCAGAGGUGUUCCCUACAGAAAACAGAGCCUUAGCAAUGGGGAUUUCAAGUGCAAUAUCCAGGAUGGGUGUCGUGAUUACCCCCUUGGUAGCACAGGUCUUGCUCAGGACGUCAAUGUUUGGGGCCCUGUCGUUUUACUGUGGCCUUAGUCUGCUGGGAGGUGUUGCAUCCUUGAUCCUGCCCAUUGAGACGUUAGGCAGAGCUAUGAAGGAGUCCAGUUUGGAUCAGGAGGCCUGA